AGAUUUCUUAGAAUGAGAGACUUUGAUGUAGCGAAAGCGAAAGACAUGUUUGUGCAGUACAUAAAAUGGCGAGACGAAUUUGGUGUCGACGCAAUUUCAAAGGAAUUUAAGUUUGACGAAUACGAAGAAGUGAAAAAAUGUUAUCCGCAUGGAUUUCAUGGGGUCGAUAGAUACGGGCGGCCAGUUUAUAUCGAAAGAAUCGGAAUGGUCGAUCUUGAUAAAUUUGUUCGAGUAAGUAGCAUCGAGCGAUUUGUGAAGUACCAUGUUUGUGAACAAGAAAAGAGUAUCAAAUGGAGAUACCCUGCUUGUUCACUUUCUGCAAAGAAACACAUUGCUUCAACCUUAAGUAUUUUGGAUGUCAAAGAUGUGGGAAUUAAUCAGUUCUCGAAGCCUGCUAGGUAUCUUUUCGUCGAAAUUCAAAAAAUUGAUAGCUGCUAUUUUUUUCAGACACUGCAUCAGCUUUUCAUUAUAAAUGCUGGAGCAGGAUUUAAGGUUCUCUGGAAAGCAAUAAGGGCUUUUCUCGACGCACGCACCUUGGCGAAGAUUCGAGUAUUGGGAAGUGACUACAAAAGCAGCCUAAUUGAAGCUAUUGAACCAAGUAACCUUCCGAGUUUCUUGGGUGGCGAUUGUACGUGUAGUGAAUCCGGUGGUUGCCUUUUUAGCGAUAAAGGACCUUGGAAUGAUCCUGAUAUUAAACAAAUGCUUCAGGGAAUGCUUUAUGACGAGGAAGAGUCAGAAAACGGGGACAACAAAACGAGUGCCGCCUUCUCUAGUGACAAUGAGAAUAAUGUUGGAUAUAAAGAUGUGUACGAUGUUGUAACUUCGUCGGCAGACGAGGCUGUAUAG